AUUUGAUCAGGACUAAUGAAACUUUAAAAUAAUGGCAUUAAAGCUUCUGCAUGAGAUGGUACGUGAGGCUGCAUUAGAGCACGGUGAUAGAAAAGCUGUUGUUUGGGAUAGUUCUCAGUCUCCUGCUACUAAUCUGACCUAUCAGCAGCUUCUCACUCUGGGGAAUGAUUUGUGCACUAAACUGCAGAGAGCUAUAAGAGAGAUUCAGAAUGUUAUAGGAGUGUACUGUGAUCUAAACAUCCUCCUCCCAGCAUGGAUCCUUGGAAUUCUGCAGUGGCCUGCUGCUUAUGUUCCUCUUGAUCCAGCCUCACCACCUCUACUUACCAUGAGAAUGAUGGAAAAAUGUCAUUUGAAGUUCUGCCUAAUACAGAGCAGUUUGCUCCAGCAAUUUCUGAAUGCAUUUUCCAGAUUGUUGUCUAUUGAAGUCUGUGCAACAUGGUCAGCACUUAACCUUACUUUAGUCAAGAUGCACAGUAAUCCACAGACAGAGAACAACCAAGAACCAAAUCAACUCAGUGCAGCUGUUUCUAAAAGUAAACAACAGGCAGAACAGCUGGCAUAUGUUUUGCACACAUCUGGAACAACAGGGCUUCCUAAAAUAGUAAAAGUCCCACACAAGUGUAUUGUACCUAAUAUAGUCCAUCUCAGAUCUAUAUUUCAGGUAACUCCAGAGGAUGUUGUAUUUCUAGCAUCACCUUUAACCUUUGACCCAUCAGUGGUGGAGAUGUUUUUGGCUCUAUCUUCUGGAGCUUGUCUUCUGAUGGUUCCCACAGCUGUAAAGAGAAUGCCGGGCAGGCUGGCCCAGGUCUUAUUUAAACGAAACACAACCACCAUCCUACAGGCCACCCCAACAUUAGUGAGGCGCUUUGGGGGACUUCUCCUAAAGGAGGAGGUACUAAGUGCCAGAUCCUUGUUGAGAGUGUUGGCCCUUGGUGGAGAGCCGUGUCCAUCACUUACUAUCCUCAAAAGCUGGAGACAGGAGGGCAAUAAGACUUGUAUUUUUAAUCUCUAUGGCACCACAGAAGUUUCAUGCUGGGCAUGUUGCUACGAACUUCCAGACGACCUCUUCUUUUCAAACCCCAUGACAGCUGCAUCUGUGCCUCUUGGGGAGCCUCUAAGGGACACUGUUGUGGAAGUAAGAGACGAGAGAGGAUGUUUGGUGACUGAAGGAGAAGGCCAAAUUUUCAUAGGUGGCCGGGAGAGGGUGUGUCUGCUAGACGAUGAGAUAUGUACUGCUAAGGGAGUGAUGCGUGCUACAGGGGACUGGGCGAUGGUGCAGAACUCUCAACUAUAUUAUCUGGGAAGGAAGGAUAGGCUGGUCAAACGCCAUGGCCAGCAGGUACACCUUAAUGCACUGCAACAGGCUUUGGAAAGUUUGCCUGAGGUGGAUACCGCUGUGGUCAGUCUACAUGACAGCAGCAGAUUGGUAGCUUUUGUAGUGCCCACCUCCAACCACAGAAACAUCGCCUUGGAACAUAAGGUUUACCAAGAAGGUCAUGUCCACAACAACACUGAGGUCUUAGAAGACUCAUCAUUUUCCUCUACAUCUCUUGAGAUGGCAGUUUCUCAGGGACUCUCUCAGCUCGUGCCCAGCCACUGCAUUCCAGAUACUGUGUUACUGGUUCCAGAACUGCCACUCACCAAUCAUGGGAAAGUAGCAAUGGAGAAGCUAAUGAGAAUGUAUGAAAGACAGAGAGAGAUCAGUGGUAAACACACUGCACUGGAAGAUGUAGAGACUGUAAGGGAAAGACUGCAGACACUAUGGAAGGAAUGUCUUGGUCUUCCAGAUGAUGUGGUCAUCACAGAAGAUGCCCACUUCAUGUUAAGUGGUGGGGAUUCCCUUCAAGCUCUGCGGCUCUUUGAUCACAUCACUCUUACUAUGAGAGCGUCCUCUACAGGUCUGCUAGAGGUCAUUCUAGACGGCACUUUCUCAGAUGUACUGAAACACAUCACCACACCAACACAGCACAAUCCUAACCAGACAUCAUCCAAGAGACAACUUGAAGAUUCUACACUAGCUAUACCAGCCAAAAGAUACCACACAGAAGUGACCUCCAACAUAAACCCGGAGACGCCCAUCUCACCUGUGGUUUUCUCAGAGAGAGGAAGUAUGGGAUUUGUACUCGUUAGAAGAGCUGGAGAGGUUAUAGACUGGAAUUACUCUCGAAGUAGAAAGCAGAGUAAAAUUACAGAAGACAAGUCACAAGAUUCAUCAAGUGGAAAUAUUAGUACCUCAUCUCUGAGCAAACCAAGUCAGACUGAGUUCUCGGUAAGACCCAUAAACACAGACCAGGAUAUUCCAUCUGGAAAGGAGAAAGGUCAGGACAUCACAUCAGAGGAGCUACCUCUUGAGCUGCGGGUCUGCUGGAGCUCCGAUACGGGCAGAUGUGUGGACGCCUCACCGGUCCUGCUGGUACGUUCUGAUCGGGCCAUCGUCUUCAUCGGCUCUCACUCACACAGACUGCAAGCUCUGGAUCUGAGCACUGGAGAGGUGCUCUGGGAGCGGGUGCUAGGAGGCAGACUAGAAUCCUCUGCGGCUGUUUCAAAAUGUGGGAACCUCGUAGCAGUAGGCUGUUAUGAUGGACAGGUGUAUUUUCUGCAUGUGGACACAGGAGAGACAUGCUGGAUGUUCAAAACAGAAGAUACAAUAAAGAGUUCUCCCACUGUAGAUUCUCAGACUGGACUGGUUAUUGUUGGUUCACAUGAUGGACAUGUCUAUGCUCUUCAACCACAGAUGAAGCAGUGUGUGUGGAAAUACUAUUGUGAAGGUGGUGCAGUGUUUUCCUCCCCCUGUGUCCACUCUUUCCCCAGACGGCUGUAUGCUGCCACAUUGAGAGGGCAGCUCCACUGUCUCAAUCCAGAUAGUGGUAAACUUCUGUGGAAGUACUGCAGCAAAGCUCCAUUUUUCUCCUCUCCUUGCUGUUCUGUUACCUGUGUGUGCAUUGGAUCAGUAAGUGGAAACAUCAGUGCAUUAAACCAUGAUGGAAGUCUGUUAUGGGAGUUUGUCACGGAUGGACCCGUCUUGUCAUCACCAAGCUUUGUUUCACUGCCAUCUCUGACCAGUGACGAAACCAGAUCUACUGAGUAUGACAGUUCCGCAUCAUUGUCUCCAGCAAAUCAAGCAGUUGUAUGUGGAUCACACGAUGGCUCUGUGUACUGCUUAAAUUCCAAAGAUGGAUCAAUACUGUGGCGCUUCCAGACCACAGGCAAGGUGUACUCCAGUCCAUUUGUUUUUGAUGGUUCUCUAUGGGGCACUAGAACCCUGGUAGCUGCAGUUUCAACUGAUGGAACAAUGUGGAUAUUAGAUGGAGAGCAGGGAACGCUGAAAGCAUAUUUUGUCUUUUCAGGAGAGCUCUUCUCCUCUCCUAUUGUGUGGGGACGAAACAUAGUUGUGGGAUGUCGGAACGACUAUGUGUACUGCCUGGAACUGUCUAAUAGAAAGGAACGACCGAAUAAUGUUUAAAGUAUGCAGUGUGUUAGUAAAAGUAACCACCUGUGCAUCCUUAUGUAUCGAAGACUAUGGACAUUAAUGUGGAGCUGGUUUUCCCAUUGUAGCUAACAACUAUGGAGGAACUGUAAACUGUAAGAACAUUGUUGAGCACUGUUUGCAUAGUAGAGCUACUGUAUAUUUUAUACACAGUGUUCUAGUUCAUACCAAAGGUGAUGGAUGAGGUUGAAUUCAGGAUUCUGUGCAGGCGAUUUAAAUUCUUUCUACCUUUUCUUCUUGAUGGACCUUACUUUUUGUACACUGGAAUUGUGAUGCCACACAGAACAGCAGCUGAAGGUACACAAUUCUGUAAAAUGGCAUUUUAUGUUGCAGCAUUUUGAUUUGCCCAGCCCGAAACCAUCAAAAACACAGAUCAUUAUUCCUCCUCCACCAAACUUCACAGUUACAGCAUAGUGGAUUCAGGCAGGUAAGCAGACUACCAAAUGGUGAAGCCUAGAAUAUGUUUCCACUCUUCUAAUAGAGUCCAAUGGAGUGUUUUACACCAUUCAUCCAAGACUUUGCACUGGGCAUGGAUAUUGUAGGCCUGUGUUUAGCUGCUGGGCCCCAAUAAAUAGUUCUUGUGCUGUUUUUAGUCUGUAAUUUAAGAGUAAGUGUUGCAACCGAGCACUUUUUAUGUGUUUUAGCAAUUAGUUGGUGUGUGUGUGAUGUAUACGUUUCCUCCGACCCAGCACCUCUCUAUCUGCCAACCAGGGUCCCGGACUAUGUGUGGGUGGGAUCUUCAUACGCUGUGUAAGGACCCUGACUGGUGGAAGAGAAGCCAGUGCAGAAUGCAGGGGCGAAAAGAGGAGGGCUGUGCAUGUGUCGGAAGAGGCAGGAGCAGCGACGUGCUCUCCCCGGAUGCAAUCGGGUAUCCCUCAGCAGCGGAAGACAAAUUGACUGCGCUAAAUCGGGAGGAAAAUGGGGAGAAAAUGCAUUGAAAUCCUAAUAAAUAAAUGAAUAAAUAUUAAAAUUUAUAUUUUCCAUAAUGUGGAACAAAAAACAACUAUCAACAAACUGCUUUUAUUUCAAUGUUACAUACAACACUGUUUACGCUACACUAUUGCACACGACAAAAUUAAAAACAAAGUGACAAAACUCGGGUUCUCCGAGGGAACACAGUCCAGUUCAUAUCACCUCUGUACAUACAUACCUACAUACAUUACAUACAUACGUACAAAAUGUAGUGUUAAGCAGAGUGGGUUGGAGUCUUGCUGUGAGAUCAAGUUUUACUAUCAUCAUUGUUUGAAUCCCACUAGUGCGAUUGUGUUUUUUUUUUUACACAUUUUUGUGAUACAAGAACAGCUACGACAAGCUACAACAGGAUAACGUUUCCAUAACAGCAAGCAGGCAGUCAGGCUUCCAGUUAACUAAUUUAAGUAAACUGGUGGCCAUAAACACUGCAGGAAGCCAUUAAUUUAUUAACCUGUGGUUAAUGGUUCUCUGUAAAAAUAAAUGUGAAAUGUGGUGUUGCGGUGAAAGCUUCAUUAAAGUUAUUUACAUAAGUAAA